CCAGAACGCAAGCGAGGAGUCAAUGCCCGGGCGUGAUCGCAUCCGCCUCCGGUCGCAAUAGGCCAAGCCGUUGCCCUGUGGAUCUGAACCCCUACCUUCGCCGCUAGGCGGAUCUCAUUACCUGCGCGUGUGCUACCUUUUAUCAGGCAGCUCCUCCCGCCUGUUGGUUUGUUUCUCAAUUCCAGGUUCCUGGCUCAAGCACUUAGUAACAUCUCGACAAUCCCUCUCUGGGUAUCACAUCGUUCGAAUCUAGCAUCUCUGCAUAACACCUUCAUACUACUGGCCGACCAAGGGAUUCUCGCGGCGUCCGCCCAAUCACAAUGUCUCUCGUAGGCAACUUCACCUCUAACUACGACCACCAGGCCGCAGUUGGAGGGGCACCCACCCCAGAGAUGCAGGGUCACCAACCGUCACAAUCACACUUCCACGAGGAGGAUCACCGCAUUGACACAUCGUCCGACUCGUCAACCAUUGCUGCUCCUCACUCGCCUCCCAGGAGCAACCACCACACCAGCAACUCUGUCGAGAAGGAGGAAUCUUACGACCAAAAUGCCGAAGACCAGGAAACAGCCCGCAGAGAAGCAGAGGUCCUGCAGCUUGCGAGACGUUUGACUUCUCGGAGCGUGCAGUCUGCUUCACACCACCAAAAUCCAUUCGAGGCAGCUCCUGGCUCAUCAUUGGAUCCCAGUGGCGAGAAUUUCAACGCUCGUGCCUGGACAAAGGCCAUGAUGAACCUCCAGCUCUCAGACGAGAAAGCUGCGCCGCCUAGGCAAACUGGUAUCUCUUUUAGGAAUCUCAAUGUCCAUGGUUUCGGUACCGACACAGACUACCAGAAGAGCGUUGGUAAUGUUCUGCUUGAGGGACCUGCGCUGUUCAAAAAAUUAAAGGGUGAUAAGGGUCGUAAGAUCAACAUUCUGAAGGGUCUCGACGGUGUUGUUGAAGCCGGUGAAAUGUUGGUUGUUCUUGGACCUCCCGGUUCAGGAUGUUCGACUUUCCUCAAGACUAUUACUGGAGACACUCAUGGCUUCUUUAUUGACGAGAACUCCAAGCUGAACUAUCAGGGUGUCAGCCCCGAGCUCAUGCAGAAGAACUACCGCGGUGAGGCUAUCUACACCGCCGAGGUCGAUGUCCACUUUCCCGCCAUGACCGUCGGCGAGACACUAUAUUUCGCCGCCCUCGCUCGUCGUCCCCGUCACAUUCCCGGUGGUGUCUCCGCAGACGAGUACGCUAAGCACCAGCGCGAUGUCAUCAUGGCCAUGUACGGUAUCUCGCACACGAUCAACACCCGUGUUGGUAACGAUUUCAUCCGCGGUGUUUCCGGCGGAGAGCGCAAGCGUGUCACUAUCGCUGAAGCCUCCCUCAGCCGAGCUCCUCUGCAGGCCUGGGACAACAGUACCCGUGGGUUGGAUUCUGCCAACGCCAUUGAGUUCUGUAAGACCCUUCGUCUUGAGACCGAGAUCAAUGGCACCACAGCAUGCGUUGCGAUCUAUCAAGCACCCCAGGCUGCAUACGACUUCUUCGACAAGGUUCUUGUACUGUACGAGGGCCGCCAGAUCUUCUACGGCAGGACUACUGAGGCGAAGGCCUAUUUCGUCCAGAUGGGGUUCGUUUGCCCCGAACGUCAAACUGACGCCGAUUUCCUCACCUCCAUGACUUCAGCCUUGGAGCGCAUUGUUGCAGAGGGCUUCGAGGGUCGUGUUCCUCGCACUCCUGACGAAUUCCACCAGCGAUGGUUGGACUCCCCCGAGCGUGCCACUCUUAUGGUUGAGAUCGACGCCUACGAGCACAAGUACCCUAUGGGUGGCGAGUACGCUCAGAAGUUUGCCCAGUCUCGCAAGCUUCAGCAGGCUAAGGGCCAACGUGCCAAAUCCCCCUACACUCUUUCCUACACCCAGCAGGUCAAGCUUUGCUUGUGGCGUGGCUUUGUCCGCCUAAAGGCCGAUCCAAGCAUCACUCUCUCUCAGCUCAUUGGCAACUCCAUCAUGGCUUUGAUUAUUUCUUCAGUCUUCUACAACCUUAAGAUGACUACCAGCUCUUUCUACCAGCGAUCCGCCCUCCUCUUCUUUGCCAUCCUCAUGAACGCCUUUGGUUCCGCCCUCGAGAUGCUGACUCUCUACGCGCAACGUCCCAUCGUCGAAAAGCACUCUCGAUACGCCCUCUAUCACCCAUCUGCCGAAGCCUUCGCCAGUAUGUUGACAGACAUGCCGUACAAGAUCACUAACGCCAUCACGUUCAACUUGGUUCUGUACUUCAUGACCAAUUUGCGUCGCGAGCCCGGCAAUUUCUUCUUCUUUGUCUUGAUCUCGUUCACCCUCACGCUGGUCAUGUCCAUGCUCUUCCGGUCGAUCGCCUCACUCUCCAAGUCCCUUGUCCAGGCUCUGGCUCCUGCUGCUAUUCUCAUUCUGGGUCUUGUCAUCUACACAGGUUUCGCCAUCCCUCCCAACUACAUGCUGGGCUGGUCCAAAUGGAUCCGCUACGUCAAUCCUGUCAGUUACGGGUUCGAGGCUCUCAUGAUCAACGAGUUUGUCGGUCAGCAAUACCAGUGCAAUGCCUUUGUUCCUUCCGGUCCUGCCGGCUCCGUCUACGGUGAUUUGGCGGCCGAUUCCCUCAGUCACGCCUGCUCAGCUGUUGGUUCAGUUCCUGGAAAUCCUUUCGUCGACGGUGCUACAUAUAUCAACUCUGCGUACGAGUAUCAGCACUCACACAAGUGGCGCAACUUUGGCAUUCUCUGGGUCUUUAUGUUCGGUCUCAUGGCGGUCUACCUUACCGCCACAGAGUUCAUUACCUCUGCUAAGUCUAAGGGCGAAGUCCUUGUGUUCCGUCGCGGUCACACGGUCCCCAAGUCCAUGUCUACUGACGAUCUCGAGAACGCCCCUACUGGUCGCCCCGCCGGCUACGCCGACAGCAAUGACAACAUCGCCAUCAUCGAGCGCCAGACAGCUAUCUUCCAGUGGAAGGACGUCUGCUACGACAUCAAGAUCAAGGGUGAGCCUCGCCGCAUUCUGGACCACGUCGAUGGCUGGGUCAAGCCUGGUACCUUGACUGCACUCAUGGGCGUUUCAGGUGCUGGUAAGACUACUCUUCUCGAUGUCUUGGCUACCCGUACCACCAUGGGUGUUAUCUCUGGUGAGAUGCUGGUCGACGGUACCCCUCGUGACGCAUCUUUCCAGCGCAAGACUGGUUACGCUCAGCAACAGGACUUGCACUUGGCUACCUCAACCGUCCGUGAAGCUCUCACCUUUUCCGCCCUCCUCCGUCAACCUGCCCACGUUCCUCGUCAAGAGAAGAUCGACUACGUCAGUGAAGUUAUCAAGCUCCUUGACAUGGAUGAGUACGCCGAUGCCGUCGUCGGUGUCCCUGGUGAAGGCCUUAACGUUGAACAGCGCAAGCGUCUUACUAUUGGUGUUGAGCUGGCUGCCAAGCCUGCCCUGCUUCUCUUCUUGGACGAGCCUACCUCAGGUCUCGACUCUCAAACCUCGUGGGCUAUCCUCGAUCUCUUGGACAAGCUGAAGAAGAACGGUCAAGCUAUUCUUUGCACCAUUCAUCAGCCUUCAGCUAUGUUGUUCCAGCGUUUUGAUCGUCUUCUCUUCCUCGCCAAGGGCGGCCGCACUGUUUACUACGGCGACGUUGGCAACAACUCCAAGAUCCUUGUCGACUACUUCGUCCGUAAUGGUGGCCACGAGUGUCCUCCUGCAGCUAACCCUGCCGAAUGGAUGCUUGAGGUCAUUGGCGCUGCUCCUGGAUCCCACACUGACGUCGACUGGCAUCAGGUCUGGCGCAACUCGCCUGAGUGUGCUGAGGUCCAUCGCCACCUCGAGGAGCUUAAGGUCGAACGCUCUCAGGUCAACCGUCUUGAACGCACCCAGUCGGCUCAAAAGCGAGAGGACAAGGCCGCCUACCGCGAGUUUGCCGCUCCCUUCGCCCAGCAGUUCCGUGAGACCACCCUCCGUGUUUUCCAGCAGUACUGGCGCAGCCCUGCCUACAUCUACUCAAAAAUACUUCUAUGCACUACUUCGGCUCUAUUCAUCGGGUUCUCGCUCUACAACAUGCCCAACACUCAGCAGGGUCUCCAAAACCAGAUGUUCGGUAUUUUCAUGUUGUUAACCAUCUUCGGUCAGCUUGUACAACAGAUCAUGCCGCACUUUGUUACCCAGCGUGCUCUAUACGAGGUCCGCGAGCGUCCCAGCAAGACUUACUCCUGGAAGGCAUUCAUGCUGUCCAACAUUAUCGUCGAGCUUCCCUGGAAUUCGCUCAUGGCUGUGCUUAUUUUCUUCUGCUGGUACUACCCCAUUGGUCUGUAUCGCAAUGCUCAGCCCACCGAUGAGGUCCAUUACCGUGGAUUCCAGCUCUUCCUGUUCACCUGGAUGUUCUUGCUGUUCACUUCGACCUUCACGCACAUGAUCAUUGCCGGAUUUGAUUCCGCUGAGACUGGUGGCAACCUUGCCAACUUGAUGUUCUCGCUCUGCUUGGUCUUCUGUGGUGUCCUCGCUACCCCUUCCUCUUUCCCUCGCUUCUGGAUCUUCAUGUACCGCGUGUCACCGUUCACAUACUUGGUGUCCGGAUUACUGGCAACAGGUCUAGCGAGAAGCACGGUGCACUGCGCUGCGAACGAGCUGAUCAACUUCGAGCCGCUGAGCGGAACUUGCGGCGAAUACAUGAGCGUCUACAUCAACGGUACCAACGGCACUCCCGGGUUUGGCGGUUACCUCGUUAACGAGACUGCUACCUCGAAAUGUCAGUACUGCACCAUCGACAGCACCGACACCUUCCUUUCUUCGCUGUCCUCCAACUACGAUGACGUCUGGCGCAACUUCGGAAUCCUUUGGGUCUACGUCAUCUUCAACAUUUUCGCUGCCCUUGCUCUCUACUGGCUCGUCCGCAUGCCCAAGAACAAGAAGGAGAGUGCCACUGCUCAACCACUCGCCGCCAGCCGCCAAGCCAGCCACGUUGACAACGAGAAAGACAUCAACAACGCUAUCCCCACUAGCGCCGAGCGCAACCCAUCGACCUCAGUACCUGGUGUUCCCACAGAGAAGGUCUAGAUUGGACCCUGCUCUUUUUGCACUUCACUCACAUGAUUACGGCGUUGUACCAUGGCAAUUAGAGCGCCCUGCUAUACAUCAUGCAUUUGCACAUUUUGUUCGAGCUAGAUAGUUUUUUCCGCUCAAGCGCUGAGCGCAUUCGCUCACUACAAAAGCGAGUUGUAUAUUGUUUAAUAGUCAUAGAGUUAGCUGUAAACCAAAUCAAGACCUAGAUUUCUCGUCAUCCAAA